CGGACAAAAACCCCGGGAGAUCGAAAGACAACCAGGGGAAAAAGUUAGUUCGAACGAUUUCCGUCUCGACCAUCGAUGAAUGGUCGUCGGAAAACGCAAAAGAUUCUUUCUUUCCUUCUUUCUUCAUCUUGAAUCUCUUUAUUGACCUCCUGGGUCUUCAUCUAAUUCCUCUGAGAAAACCAUUCCCCAUUUCCCUCCUCCGUCCGUACACCAUGGCUCCCGCCGGCGGGCCGACGAAAGCGCGAUUGCUCGUGGCGGAUUUCGUGAUGUCUUUCAUGUGGGUGUGUUCGAGCCCAUUGUUGAAGAUGUUCGUCGUCGAGGUUCUCGGGAUGCGUUCCCACGACCCGGUGUCCGAAAUCGUGACGUGCGCCUGCUCGAUCACCAACAUGUUCUUCUUCGCCUUCUUGGGCCAACUCAGCGGAGGCGGGACUUACAAUCCCCUCAACGUCCUGUCCGACGCCGUUUCUGGGGAUUUCCUCCGGUUCCUCUUCAUUUUUGGCGCUCGAAUCCCUGUUCAGGUAUUUGGAUCUAUUUCUGGAGUUAGGUUCAUGAUCAAGACCUUUCCUGAGAUAGGACUGGGCCCGCUUUUGCAAGUUGACAUCCACCAUGGUGCUCUCACAGAAGGGCUACUGACAUUCGCCAUAGUAACCAUCUCUCUCGUGCUAUCGAGAGAGAUCCCGGGUAGUUUCUUCAGGAAGACUUGGAUCUCAAGUGUCAUGAAAGUCACCCUUCAGAUACUCGGCUCUGAUCUCACUGGCGGCUGUAUGAACCCUGCCUCGGUGAUGGGAUGGGCUUAUGCAAGGGGGAUUCACCUCUCCAAGGAGCAUUUAUACGUUUACUGGCUCGCCCCAGUCAAGGCAACUCUGCUAGCCGGAUGGAUAUUCAAACUGGUGACCGCUGCGCCUUCGAAGGGAACUACUACUGCAGAGAAAGAGAAGUUGAAGAAGUCAGAAUAAGAGGGCAUUAGCUCCAUUGUUCUUUUGUUCCUGGUUCUGCUUUAUCUAUUGGCUGAUCUAAUUCAAGGCUUCCUCUCCUCGUAUAUAAGUGGAAAAAAUAGAGGGAUCCGAAAAAAACUAAUAGGGAGUUGACUAGGGACCUUGCUGCAAAUCUGUACAUUGUUGUUGCUGCUGCUGUCAUGGUCCUCUGUAGCUAUAUGUUCAGUACAUAUGUUCACUUAGUUUUUGCCACUUUUCAAUGGAUACUUGAAAUCUUGAAUCCAAGCCGUUUUUUUUUUUUUUGUACAGUACAUGAUUAACUCUUGAACUCAAUUGAUUUGAUAUGUUAA